CAGCGCUCGCCGGAGCCUCAGAGCGAUCGCGCUGGAGCUGCGGUAGGAGCGGAGCGGAGCGGGAGCGGUGAUUGCGAUAGCGCCGCGAUAUCUGCGCGAUAGCCGCUGUCAGGAUUAUUGCUCUUGGAAUUUGCCUUCUUUUCUUUGGGAUUACAAUUGCACCAUGACCCUGGAGGAGCUGGUGCCUUGCGAUAGCAGCAAGAUGCAGGCGGUGAGCGAGGCGGUGGAGCGGGUGCUGGUGGCGGCGCAGCGGCAGGAUCGGCUCACGGUGGGGGUCUACGAGUCGGCCAAGCUCAUGAAUGUGGACCCCGACAGCGUGGUGCUGUGCGUGCUGGCCACCGACGAGGAGGACGAAGGUGACAUCGCCCUGCAGAUCCACUUCACCCUCAUCCAGGCGUUCUGCUGCGACAACGACAUCCACAUCCUGCGCGUGUCGGGGAUGCAGCGCCUGGCUGCCAUCCUGGGCGAGCCCGAGCCGGGCUCCGAGCCCCGCGACCUGCACUGUCUCCUGGUCACGAACCCGCACACGGACGCCUGGAAGAGCCAAGGGCUGGCGGAGGUGGCGAGUUACUGCGCCGAGAGUCGCGACAGGAACCAGUGGGUGCCUUACGUGUGUCUGCAGGAGCGCUGAGCCCUUCCUGGCCCCUUCCCGGCCUGGACUUGAAGGAUUAAAAACCUAAAAAAAAAAAAAUCACCAACGUAAAACAGCAGGAAAAAAAAGAAGGAGAAACAGCCAGUUCCAACCCACAAUCCCCAAAACCCACCGAUUUUAUUUUUCUUUUUAACCGGAGAGGAGGAAGGGGGAGCGCGGCCGCUGCGGUGGGAAUGGAGGGACGCUGGCCGGAGCCCGGAGGGACGCUGGCCGGAGCCCGGAUGGACACUGGCCGGAGCCCGGAUGGACACUGGCCGGAGCUGCCGGCCGAGGAGUCGUGCUGGACCGUGGGCCGGAGCUGGGGAGCCCCGGGCGGGCGCUGCGGAGCGCGGGGGGGUGACCCCGGAGCUGGACACUGUCGCGAUUUUUGGCAGCUGGGACCCGAUGGAGGCGAGGACUGCAGAGGGCUGGAUUUUUUUUUUUUUUGUUUUGUUUUUCGUUGCAAAAGCUGCUUUUUCCAAGGAAUUAUCGACGUCUGCACGGGUGGACCUGUGCCCCCCGGGUGCUGCUUUUGCACUUGGAGACCCUGAGCUGAACCUUUUCCAGAGUUUAUUCUUAUACCGAGCGAGGAGCUAAAUUUAUUUGCAAUAAAAUGUCUGACGUGA